AUGGCUUCGAAGCGUGAUGUCGUCACCAUCUGGAACGAUGCGGUGAACAAAUACAACGAGAACGCUCCAGCUGGUAUGAAGAUUGAAGAACCCGAGGCCAGUCAAGUCACGAAAAUUCAUGACACUCUAAAAGUGCCACAGGGGCCAGACAAAGGCCCCAUUUUCAAACGGAUCCUCAAGAUCCUCGGAGACAUCUCAAGGGUGGCUGAAGGGGUAGUGGAAACCGUUGGUAGUCUCGUGAGCAUUGCCUAUCCGCCUGCAGGGGCCAUCUCGCAAGCACUGGCCUAUGUAUUCAAGACCUGUAACAAGGUUUCGAAAAACCUCGAAGAGAUUGCCUCCUUCUUCGAGACCAUCAAGUUCUUUUUUGAGAGACUCUCUCUACUGGAGGACAGAAUGCCCCCUGAGCAUGCGUUUUCGGAACCUUUGACGAGGGUUCUUACCUCCAUCCUCCACAUCUCCGGCAUCGCCAGAAGAUAUGUGGGCCAAAACCGAGUGCUAUCUUUCGCCAAAGGUUUAGUCAACAAGGACGAAGGCCUCGCAGAUGCCUACGUCGUUUUGAAGGAUCGCAUGACCGAGCUUGAAUCCAGCGUGCUCAUGGCCACCUUAGGCACUGCCACCGAAAUCAACAUCAACGUUCAGAGGCUGCAUGAAGCUGCAAAUGUGCAGACAGAUAUGUUGGCCCAGGUGAGCUUACAAACAGACUAUGCGAUACAACGCUUGGAUGCAAUUUUCAGAAAGGAAGGGAUAGAGGAACUCGUCCCGGCUCUUGGAUCUGCCGAGACCGAGGAUUCGGCGCAUUGCAAGUUGAGAGCGACUCAGCUUGCCAUCCAAAAGCUGAAAGACCGAUUAUUCACCUCUGUCGAAGAUCAGAUUGAACUUCAGAUCCAAGAGCGACUGAAAGGAUUUGAAAGUGCGUACCUCAAAGGCACCUGUGAAUGGGUUUUGGAUAAUGAGACUUGGAAAUCAUGGUACACUAGCGGCAAGACUAACAGGCAGGAAGCAUCACGCCACAAUAGCCCAUCUGGACAGGUCAACAUUGACAGGGACAGAGCAUUGCGACUCAAUGGCCAAUCUGGACAGGGCAAGAGCAUGCUAGCGUUCUACCUGUUCCGCUAUCUCAAAAGUCGAUCUGAAUUAGCUGUUGGUCGGAGAAUUCUAGUGGCAUACUUUGAUUUUUGUAACGAUGAUGGAAGUGUGCGCUCACUCGAAAGCAUGCGCUGUUGUUGUGCCCUACAAGCCGCCGAACAAGAUCUGGCCUAUCAAAAGCGCUUGAUGGGAAAUGAAGAGGCAGCCAAAGACCCACAGGAGUCGAGGAAAUCAAACGAAUCCAUGAGGAAAGAGGAUCCAAAGAAACCAAAGGAGUCAAAGGCUACCUCUGGUCCGGGAUCUGACGGCGAUCGCACAUCCUGGAAAUCACUUUUCCCACAGACCCAGUCAAAAGGUCAGAAAGGCGAGACGAUAUUAUAUCUGAUUCUCGAUGGGGAGAAUGCAUUGGACGAAUCAGCCUGCGAGAAACUUGAAAAGGAGCUGAGGGACAGAAGAUUGGAAUCCCAAUAUUGGGUUCGAGUCAUCUUGACCAGGAACAAUGACGAAACGUCCCAGUGCAACGUCCUUGACAUUGGACUCGGCCUUGAAACUGAUCUCAAGCUUUAUGCCGGCGCUGUUCUACCACAGUUCCCGCGUUUGUGGAGGCGCCAACCUAGCCGGUUGAAGAUCGUCGAUCAGAUUUGCAAGGAGGCACAAAGCUAUACAUACAUAAACUAUGCUCUGUACCAUCUGAAUCAGAUUCGAAAUCGGCCCUCUGAUGGGUACAAGCUGGCAGAGCCCAGGAAUCUUUUCAGAUCAAUCUUCGAAGAUUGGGGAAAAUGGAAUCCCAGCCCGGGUACCAAGAGCACCCGGAGCGAUAUUGCUGUUCGACGGCUUCUCACCUGGCUGAUGUUUGGCCAGGCAUGCAUUACACUACGAUGUGCAGAUCGACUCCUUAAGCUAGAGAAACAAGAUGAGGCCAGCCAACUCAAUAUUGAUGAGAUCCUUGACGGUCCCCUUGGCUGUAUCUUCUCUGUGUCGGUCAGCUCGAAGGUGAUUCCAGCAAGUGUAGGAGGGAUAACCGAGAAGAGCACUGAUGAGGACGACCGCGGCCUCCUUAGACUGUCAACCAACAAGAUCAAGCCUUACUAUCUGAAGAACUAUAAAUCGCUGUAUUCGAGGGCCAGCACUGACCAAUUGCACCCUCGAGUAUUGAUGUUCGAAAUGCUCACGAAAUUUCUUACUCAACCCCAUGAUCAAACGUAUGCGUGGAGCGAACUUGUCUCUUAUGCGGCUUCGUCAUGGUGUAGUCAUUUGAGCGAUUUGAUUAAGGACAACACCCUGCAGGAAGGCGCCAACAAAGAAAAAGUUGUGGACAAUAUACGAAUGAUUCUUAACCCAAAUGAAACGAGCUCCCGGGGCCUCCGACUGUUGGAGAGUCGCGUUGAUGUGGACAACACCGAAAAACAUGUCUCGGUCUUCGGGGAUCGAGAACUAGCGGAUUCUAGGAUCACGGAGUUAUCAGAGUACCUUGGAAAAGACCUGGAAACCUUCGCCAUAGGGGCGAAGAUGCGCAGUUCCAAAGCUGACCUGAAAACUGUUUUAUUAGCUUACAUGGCUGAGCUUCAUAUCUACCAGUGGUUGAGUGCUAAAUAUCCACGCGACGCCUACAUUUCCUUUCGACUGGCACAUCAAGCCCUGGACGAUUCGAAGGCUUUUCACAAGAAAAUUGAAAGCCGAGCUACCAAAGGCAAUGAGACAAACCGUUGCGACUUGUUAAAAUACACAGAUUGGAAGUCGUUCGAACAAGUCUUGGAGCACUUUGGCAUCAAAAAAGCUGAUAGCUCGGCUCAACAAUUGAAGUGUCUCUCAAUGGCUCUGCGGUACGAUAAGCACUACCCUCAAGCUCUCACCGAAAUCAAGGAGGCCCACAAGAAAGACCACAAGGGCGAGUGGCGCGAGAAGUUUGAAUUGCUGGACCGCGAAGCCCGCAUCUACUUUGGUCAGUACGAAGAUGCAAAAACUCCCGGAGACAAAAAAUUAGCGUUAGAAAACGCUGUCAACACUUUUGACGAGGCUCUAAAAACAUUUCCUUCGACGGACGCCGAGAUCCUGGGCCCAGAUCGUUGGGGACGACUGAUGAUCUACCAGCUAAAGGCGCUGGCCGAAGCAGUGCUACAUAAACGGGAUGAAUGCAAGGCAAGUGUCAAGGAGAUCUACAAUAAUUCGAGUCCAGAGACUCCAGAGACUAGAAAGAUUAUUCUUUAUUUUGACGACAUUGUCUCGGAGAUGGCUAACGGAAGCCCUUCUGAAAAAAAUCCAUCAAAAAAGGAGCUGUCGAAAGACGUCGUCGACCUAUUGCACUCGGUGCAUAAAGAUCAACUUUCCACCCUGUGCGCUGAAAAGACACACAGGCAUCUCCAGCGUGCGGUCCAACUACAAAAGAAGCCCAAAAUGCUCGAUAAAUUGUAUGAUGAGGCAGUAGUAUCCUCAAAAAAUCGCGGUGAUCUUUUGGCUGUAAGCCGGCUGUGGGCGUGGCGAGGAACAUUCGAGCGACUAAAAUCUAAAGACGAGACGGCAAAAGAGUAUCUCCAGAUCGCACUCGAUCUCGCCAUCUAUGGAGAUCUCGUUGCCAGAAGGCAGGCAAGCUGGCAGUUGGCGGACAUUCUUCUAGACGACUUUUUGCGGCCAGAGCCUCUUGAUGAAGAUGCAACACCUGUCCUGGCCUGCCAAGAGACGGCUCGCGAUCGACUGGAGCAACUCUUAAAAUCAGUCAUUCUGCUACAGGAGCCUAGCUUCCAACCCGAACUGUCGCCAACCAGUCUUCCGCUGACCAUCAUGUACAGGCACCUGGGUCCAAUUCGGACGUUCAAGGAGAGGGCAGAUGCAACGUUCCGUGCCUGUCUGGCCGCCCUCGAAGACGACACCCAAUCGAACGAUGCGCCCAGCUUGCGGAUGUUAGCAAAGACACUGUUACUUAUCCCCGGACUUGAGUGGCAUGCAGGUCUCGCCUUCUAUUACCAGUUUUAUACCGUUACUAAACAAGCCAGCGGAAGAGAACUAAACAGACAGGCGAAAAAUUCAAUUAAAGCCUUUAAUAUGGUACAGGGCUCACGAAAGAGGUCUCGCCGACAAAAGGGUGGUGCGACGGGAAAUAACGAUGAGCAAGACCAAAAGGUCGAGUUGGAAGUUGAAUGCAGUAAUUGUGCUGCAAAUAUCGACAAAAGAAUGCUCAAGAAUGCGUCUGUUCACCUAUGCUGCGCUUGUACCCACACUCUGUUGUGUAAUACAUGUUACAAGAAACGUGAUGAAAAGGAGAGUUUGGAAGUGCGGUGCGCCUCCCAGCACCAAUACAUCAAAGCACCACCCGUAACCGAGAAGACGCAGAAGGAGAAGACGCAGAAGGAGAAGACGCAGAAGGAGAAGAUGCAGGAGGAGAAGAUGCAGGAGGAGAAGAGGAGGAGGGAGGUAGUUCCAAGCCCGGAUAAUAAUGAUGAAGAGAUCCAAGAUAAAUGUCGCACCUGGCUUAAGGAUCUGCAGAAUACAUGGGCCAAUCAGUGGAAGGAAUAUUUGUCGCCGACAGUAUCCGUCUAGGUUCAUCCGGAAACUGAAGAAGCACAUGAUGGUGAGACGUAGAAAAGGA